AUGACAUCUAAUAAUAUGUACAGAGUUGGGGAUUUUGUCUACUUCGAAGUUGCUGCGGCAUCACCAUAUCACAUCAGAAAAAUCGAAGAAUUGAAUAAGACUCCCACUGGCGCAGUAGAGGCCAAAGUAGUAUGUUUCUAUAGGCGACGAGACUUAUCACCGAACUUGAUACAGCUGGCCGACAAACAUCAAAAAGAGUUAGGAACUUGCGGUGAUGAUACUCAACCGGAUAUACUGCACCAGAUACAUCAUCGUGAAUUGUUCCUUUCCCGACAUCUGGAAACACUUCCAGCAACACAUAUUCGUGGAAAAUGCAUAGUUACUCUACAUACCGAAACGGAACCUUAUCAUAUCUACCUGACGAAAGAUGACACUUUUUUCUUUCAAUUAGUGUAUGAUCCGUUGCAAAAAACUCUCCAAGCUGACCAAGGAUCUAUUCGGGAAGGUCCUCAAUAUCAAGCAGAGAUUGAGCCUUACCAUCCUCUCCUAGAAUAUUCUACCGACGAAUCUACACAUGAACAGCUGCUGUGGCGACCAGACAACAAUUUAACUCCUUCAGAUCUAGACUCAUAUCUCCUCUUAAUUAGAUCUCUUGCUACAUUGGGCAGAUCUUUUUAUCCACCACAUAUUCUCCGUCAGCCAAACCUUACAAUGUCUGCAGCUGCAGCGGCCAGAGAUACCACACACCAGUUUGCUUUAGAUACUUUACAUUCUGCUAAUUAUAAUAUCUCGCAAGCACUUCAAAUGUUAGCUCCUCAUGGACAACCGAUCUUAAAGUUGGAUGAAAUGGAGCAGUGGUCAGCAAGCGAAGGCAAUCUUUUUGAAGAAGCGUUAGAAAAAUAUGGGAAGUGUUUUUAUGAAAUACAAAAUGACUUCCUUCCUUGGAAGUACCCAAAAAGCCUUGUGGAAUUCUACUACAUGUGGAAAACUACAGAUCAUUAUGUUCAGCAAAAACGUAUGAAGGCUAUUGAAGCAGAACAUCAUCUAAAGCAAGUAUACAUUCCAAAUUACAACAAGCCGAACCCGGCUGUUCUUUAUCCAACUGAUACUAGUAGCUCAGCAUCUGGAUGCGAGGGUUGUCCUAAUCUUACAUCAACUCUGUGGUAUGCUCUUGGUCCAUCUCAUUCUCCUUUAAAAGUUUGCGUUGAUUGUUGGAAUUACUGGAAGCGAUAUGGAGACUUAAAAUCCACAUCACUUUUGGAUAAAGUUUCCGAACCAAUUUCUUCCAAUCCAACAUGCGCUUCCAGCUCAGAUUCCAAAACCAUGAGUGUCUCGAAAACUAAUAUUUCCAUUACUGAACUCCAAGCUCGUAAGAACUCACCCACUGUUUCGACUGACCACUCUACAAAGUCGAACGACUUAGGAGUUAAUAAUUCGAAUGCAUAUAUGCUAGCAUCUAAAGUUCGUACCAGCGUCAGCUUUCAUUUUGUCGCUAGUGUCACUCUUCGAAUCGCUCGUCGGCUGUGUGUGACUUCAAGUCCUCGACGCCGAGCUCGUCAACCAUUCAAACGCCUCACAUUUUUAACUGGUUUCCAUAAAGACACUCUCCCGUUGUUAACUAAACUUACUCCGGCUGAAUCUCAUAAACUUACAAAGCGAUUUCGAAAUAUAUCUGCGGUAAGCAAAUGCAAAUCCCGUGGAGUUGCCUUACAUUCUUUGGUCUCACGAUUGCAUAAAACAAAAUGUAGUUCAUCCAAUGGAGUAGAAACAGUUUUGGCUGGUGAACCCUUAUCUAUGAUUAUAGAAAACCCAAGAUAUGCCCCUUCAGAUACUGCUCUCGACUUAGCUGUGAACGGUUUGGUCACUACAUGUGAUUCCGGAAGUCUCAAGGAUCCUGGUUCGAUGCCUAACAGUGAUGAGCAUUCAGAUGCCGACUGUAUUUCUAAUAAGAACCCUAACGCGACAAUUCCUGAUGAUGAAUCGAACAUUGAAGUCAUGUCAAACAAUCAUGGGUGCAUAAAUUUGGGUCCAAAACGUCGUUUUACUGUUGGGUCUGAUGUAGAUGGUGCGUCAACUUUGAUGUACCGAGCCACUCAACUGAUUAAACGUUCUCGACGUAAAUUUUUGUCGUUAACUGAACUUCGUCGUUUCGGUCGUCAUCCUUGGUUUGAUUUUAAUGUGGGUUUACAUUCACAAAAUGGUCUACAUCCUGUUUCUUCAAAUUUAAAAAAGAAAUCUCAUGCCGUCACAACCAAUUCGACUACAGAAACUGAUCUUCCAAAUCCUGGUAUUGUUACUUCAUCGUCAAGUGCACAUUGA